AUGAAAACGUCUUUUAGCAUCAAUACUUCGGUACGCAUUCUGGGCGACAGGGCUCAAGCCGCUCCAGUGACUGUCUCAUUUUUUUUGCUUUCCUGGGCAUAUCAUCUUGGAACGGUAUAUUUCGGAAUUCUGGUCGCUCUAACCUGUUGCUUGUCUUACAAGAUUCUUAGCAAUUUUUUCAAUUCCUUUCUGACAAAUUUGUAUCUUAGACAUCUGUUGAUUAGUUAAACAAGAAACCUUGUUGGACUCCUUAUGAACCAAGUGAAAAAGAUACACGCCCACACCCUAAGAAAUGGUCUAGAUUUUACUCAAUUCUUGAUUACUAAACUACUUGAAAUCCCAAACAUCCCAUACGCCCACAAACUGUUUGACAAUACUCCUAACCCAACAGUCUUCCUAUACAACAAGCUCAUUCAGGCCUACUCUUCUGAUGGGCCUCACUCCCAGUGUUUCUCUCUCUACAUCCAAAUGUGCCGUCAGGGAUGCUUCCCAAAUGCGCACACUUUCACCUUCCUUUUUGUUUCUUGCUCCAACCUUUCGAAUCUUAGAUUGGGCCAAGUUCUCCAUUCUGAUCUCAUCAAGCAUGGCUUUCUACUUGAUAUAUUUGCCUUAACUGCAUUGAUUGACAUGUAUGCUAAGACGGGCUCGAUCGGUUCAGCCCGAAGGCAAUUCGAGGAGGUGAAAAUAAGGGAUUUACCCACAUGGAACUCUUUGAUUGCUGGUUAUGUCAAGAAUGGGAAUAUGGAUGAAGCCUUGCAUUUAUUUUCAACAAUGCCUUCAAGGAAUGUGAUAUCUUGGACUACAAUGAUAUCAGGUUUCACACAAAACGGUCAGUAUGGGGAUGCUCUUGCCAUUUUUAGAGAAAUGGAAAAGGAGACUGAAGUUAGGCCAAAUCAAGUGACCAUAGCUAGUAUUCUUCCGGCGUGUGCAAAUCUUGGGGCUUUAGAGGUUGGCAAGAGAAUCGAGGCUUAUGCAAGGGAAAAUGGAUUCUUCCAGAAUAUGUUUGUUCGUAACGCUGUAUUGGAAUUGUACGUAAAAUGUGGCAGGCUUGACACAGCAAUGGAAGUUUUUGUUAACAUGGGCAAGAGAAGGAACUUGUGCUCUUGGAAUACUAUGAUCAUGGGUUUAGCCAUUCAUGGCAAAGGCACUGAAGCACUCGAACUCUUCAACGAAAUGUUGGGAGAAAGAAUUUCACCUGACGAUGUUACAUUCGUUGGAGCAAUCAUGGCAUGCACACAUGGAGGAGGCAUGGUAGCAAGAGGAUGGGAGCUCUUCACGUCCAUGGAAAAAAAGUUCUCCAUUGCUCCCAAACUGGAGCAUUACGGAUGCAUGGUUGACCUUUUAGGACGUGCGGGCAAUUUGGAAGAAGCAUAUGAUCUCAUUCAAAACAUGCCAAUGAGACCUGAUUCUGUUGUUUGGGGGACUCUAUUGGGAGGGUGCAGUUUCCACUGCAACGUUGAACUUGCAGAGAAAGCAGCACACUUCCUCUCUGAAUGGGAACCAUGGAAUCCAGGAAACUAUGUCAUUCUUUCAAAUAUAUAUGCAAGGGCAGGGAGGUGGGAUGGGGUUAUGCGUCUAAGGAAGGUGAUGAAGGGAUCCCAUAUAAGAAAGGGGGCAGGUUACAGCUUCAUCAUUGAAGGAGGAGGCCAAAUGCAUAAGUUUAUUGUUGAGGACAAGUCACACCAUAGAACUGAUGAGAUAUAUGCACUACUCAAUGACAUCGUAGACAAGUGUAAACUUUGUGUUAAUGGCAUUUAUAUUGAUUCUGAUUUUGCUGGGUAGGAGCCCUCACCCUCGACAGAAGUAAUUUUGGCCAAAGUUGUAAAAGUCGAAUUUUUAGAAUGAACUUCAAAUCUUCAGAUUUUUUUAGAAUUUUUAUUAUGUUAAUAAUAAUUACCCAGAAUGAAAGUAUGAAACAAAC